CUCACCACACCUGCUGUUCUUCACUACAGUAGCUCCGGGCAGAAGGUUUCUGGCCCAAUUCCUGGUGGGCCCACCACCCAGAUUGACUGGUCUCUUAAUCAGGCCCGUUCAUUUAGGACCAACCUUACUGCAAGCGGACCAAGGCCAAACCCCCAAGGUUCAUACCACUACGGCAUGAUCAAUGUCACCCGGACCAUCCAGCUCUCCAGCUCCGCCGCCCAGGUGAACGGCAAGCAGCGUUACGCAGUUAACAGCGUCUCUUAUGUCGAGCCGGACACCCCCUUAAAGCUCGCCGACCACUUCAAGAUUGGAGGAGUCUUCCGGCUUGGAAGCAUCUCCGACCACCCCCCAGGUGGAAAGGAGUACCUCGACACCUCGGUCAUGGCUGCCAACUACCGAGUCUUUGUGGAGAUUGUGUUCGAGAACAGUGAGGACAUUGUCCAGAGCUGGCAUCUUGAUGGCUAUAACUUCUGGGUUGUGGGGAUGGAUGGAGGGCAGUGGAGGCCAGACAGCCGAAAAGGUUACAACCUUAGAGACGCAGUAUCUCGCUGCACUGCCCAAGUAUAUCCCAAGUCAUGGACUGCAGUAUAUCUUAUGCUUGACAAUGUGGGGAUGUGGAAUGUGAGGAGCGAGUAUUGGGCGCGUCGGUAUCUCGGGCAGCAAUUUUAUCUGCGUGUAUACUCUCCAAUUGAAUCAAUAAGGGAUGAGUAUCCCAUCCCCAAGAAUGCCCUGCUCUGUGGCAGAGCAAGUGGCCAUCACACUCGUCCUCUCUGAACUUGGCCAUGGAAGAAGAUAUGGUGCUUCAGUAAAAGGAAACUAUAAGGACUCAGUUAUAUGAAAACUGAUAUGCCAUGAUUCUAUUUAUUGGUUGCAGGAAAUGUUGUUUAGUGUCAAGUAUCAAGUCAAAGGCAUAGAUAAGGUGGUGGGGUUCUCUUCCCAAAGGGAACCCUCAUGAAGAGAUUUGGAAGGAGAAACUCAGAAUAUUUCUGCUAAGAGGGAUAAUAUAUUUCAUUUCCUUAAUGAAAUUAUGUUUAGUUUUAUAUGUGUAUGGAAUUAAUUGUUUUAGAUGGAUGUGUAUGAAGUCUAUCCAUUUUUGCUGUU